CGACUACCAAAAUGGCGGCCCCCAGGAGUCGCGCUCUAUGGGGCUGCUGUGGCCAUGGGUGGUGGCGGGCGAUACUGGCUAGCCGGCUCCCGGUGCUUCGUAGCUCUUGCCCUUGGGGUCCGCUUGGUGUACGUCUCUUGUCCCAAGAGAAGCAAGCGAGUGAAACGCACUUCGGGUUUGAAACCGUGUCGGAAGAGGAGAAAGGAGGCAAAGUCUAUCAUGUGUUUCAAAGUGUGGCAAAGAAGUAUGACGUGAUGAACGAUAUGAUGAGUCUUGGGAUCCAUCGUAUUUGGAAGGAUUUGUUGCUCUGGAAGAUGCAUCCGUUUCCUGGGACCCAGCUGCUAGACGUUGCUGGAGGCACAGGUGAUAUUGCUUUCCGGUUCCUUAAUUACAUUCAAGCUCAGCACCGGGGAAGGCAGAAGAGGCAGUUAAGAGCCCAGCAGAAUUUAUCCUGGGAAGAAAUUGCCAAAAAGUACCAGAAUGAAGAGGACUCCCUGGGUGGUUCCCAGGUUGUGAUCUGUGACAUCAACAAGGAGAUGCUCAAAGUUGGGAAGCAGAAAGCUCAGGCUCAAGGAUACAAAGCUGGACUUGCAUGGAUUCUGGGGGAUGCAGAAGAACUACCCUUUGACGAUGACAAGUUUGAUGUUUACACCAUUGCCUUUGGGAUCCGGAAUGUGACACACAUUGAUCGGGCACUCCAGGAAGCCCAUCGGGUCCUAAAACCAGGAGGACGGUUUCUCUGUCUGGAGUUUAGCCAAGUGAACAAUCCCCUCAUUUCCAGGCUUUAUGAUCUGUAUAGCUUCCAGGUCAUUCCUGUCCUUGGAGAAGUUAUCGCAGGAGACUGGAAAUCCUACCAAUACCUAGUAGAAAGUAUCAGAAAAUUCCCACCUCAGGAGGAGUUCAAGGAGAUGAUAGAAGAUGCAGGUUUUCAGAAGGUGUCAUAUGAAAGCCUAACAUCAGGCAUCGUGGCCAUUCAUUCUGGUUUCAAACUGUAA